AUGGCAACGACAGAUAUCAUAUCUCUAGUAAAAAAUAAUUUACUCUAUUUCCAAAUGUGGACGGAAGUGGAAAUUUUACAAGACGAUUUAUCAUGGAAGGGAAAUAGCCUGAGAUUACUGAGAGGUCGUCCGCCUCACAAGCUGAGCAACGAUGUAGACACAGAGCAUGAAAAUAGCUUGUCAUCGCCACGCCCGCUAGAGUUCAUAUUACCCAUCAAUAUGUCACAGUACAAAGAGAAUUUUCUCACUUUGGAAUGCUUGAGCCAGACAUUUACUCACUUAUGUAGUCCAUCUACUGAAAGAAUACUGCUGGCCAUAAUUAACGAUGAUGGUACAAUUGUUUAUUACUUCGUUUAUAAAGGAGUACGAAAACCGAAAAGAAAUUGA